GGGUUGCGCGCUUAGUGCCUGACCUUCCAGAUAAGGAUCGGUGUCUCAUCUUCCUCGAAAAAUUUUCAGAAGUUGAGCAGCGAGAACUGAUGAAGGAUAUGACUGGGCGAUACGACUGGCCAAAGAUAAAGGAAAAUCUGUUGGCCGGAAGUUUCGACCAGAUGCUUUACCGUCUUCUGAAGCAGCAAAAGGAGGACCGCGAGAAGGAAGGGGUAAGCGCGGACAAGGAUCAAGCCGUUUACAAGACUCUGACUGACAUGCGGAAUAUGAUGGCGGAUAUGAAGGAGGAAAGGCUAAAGCUACAGGUGAUGAUGGUCCAGACAAAAGGUGGGAAAAGGAAGGGCAAAGCACCCGUUGUAGAGGAGGUGAGUAGUAGCAGCAGUGAAGAGGAAGAUAAGGAGGAAGUGGAGCCCGCUCGAAAAUUGACCAAAGCAGAACGGAAGGCCCUGAACCAGAUACGAGGAGGGCAGGGCACUAGUAAAAAGUUGCGGAAGAAUAAUGGAGGAGGUGGACAAGGAAGUGAUCAGGAACAGGAGGCUCCAGCCCCUCCUCAACAGCCCCAACCUCAGGCAGGAGGUCGGGGCCGAGGUCGAGGUAGAGGUCAAGGCAAUGGGGGAGGCCGCGGAAAUGGGGGCGGCCGAGGCAAUUGGCGGAAUUGGUUUUGCAAGUACUGUGGCCAAGAUGGACAUGGGAUACGGUUUUGUCAGACCGUUACCAAAGAUGAAAACGAUGAGGUUAUAUAUACGAAUAUCCGAGGCGAGGUCUACGACUUCGAAGGAAAUCUCAUCGACCCCAAUGUGGAGGGAGGAAUGAGAAAGGAAGCUUUCCGACGCAUGGGGCGAGAUCUUCCAGCAACUUUUCGACUGGCUUCUCCGGAAGAAGUCGAACAGAUUGAGCUGGAAGCGACGAUGGAGUCAUUGACAAUCGAGGGUGCCAAGGUCGGAGAUGAAGGAGACGGCCAAGGAGGCCUUAAUGAUGUUAGUGCACCACAACAUGGAUCGCCGUCGGCAGGGUGUUUGAUGGCCACCACGGUCUUGUCCCGUCCUGCGUUCAAGCGACCUGCCACUGCUGGUCUCCCACAAACUCGGAGGGCUCGAAGGCCGUCGCGGCCAAGGGCAGCACCAGAAAAAGGGUCAAGUCAGCCUCGGGAAACCGAGACGAUUUCGAUUGAAGAAGACGAUGGCGAGGAGGAUGAAUUGCUGCGAGCAGAAGAUGAGAGGCAGGCCAAACAACGAGCCAUGGUGAGGGAGCCAGAAACGGGCAAGGCCGAUAUUGGGGAAGGUGAGUUGAAAAAGAAGAAGCAAGUUUACACAAUCCCAGUGGAGCAAGGGCUGGAUAUCGAGCAAAUCGUGGACCGGAUUCUGGAGAGCCAACGCGAUUUGUUCACGCUCAAGGAAUUCUUGGCCGCGUCACCGAAAAUCCGAGAGGAGUUCAGACAUCGACUGUCAAGGAAAAAGGUGAUGACGGUUAAGAUGAGUGAUAUCUUUCCUCGAGAGAUUAGUUGGGCUCCGCCUGGGACAAAAAUGGACUGGCACUGUGUAGCUACUGGGUUGUUGAAAGUGCAAGUUGGGCCGUGUGAAUAUUCGGCGCUCAUCGAUGAUGGGGCUGAAAUGAACAUUAUACGAGAAAAAGAAGCCAUGGGGGCAGGAGUGAACAUCAAUCGAGCGGAUACUGGGUUUCUGGUGGGUGUAAGUGGGAUAACUCCCUUUUGUGGAACAGCGAGUGACGUGACGGUACAAGUUGGUAAAGUCAAAGUCCGUUAUUAUUUCUAUGUGCUACCCAGGGUUGAGCAUGCCGUGUUGCUGGGUAGAGCUUUUCUAUGUCGAUCAGAGUCCAUCAUCUUCAACAAGCACGAUGGUACUAUGAUCGUGGUUUUGUGUGACCCCGUAUGUGGCUAUUACGAGGUGCUGAAGUGUGAGAACACAAGACCAACCAACUCAAGGAACCGACUCAAUCCAGGGUCCUACUCUUUCACGGAAUCCGAAAGACUCAGGAGGGAAAAUGGAUCCCUCAGAGAAGAGAGCGAUCCCCAAGAAUUCUCCCUUGCUCUGCCCAAUAUCUCUCAAGCGAUCGAGUUCGUUGCCACAGACUCGUCUGUGGAUCCCAAGUUGGUCCAAACAUUGACAGAGAUUGUGGCAGGAGAAGGCGGGACUGGUAGGAUGUAUCUUACCUAUCGGCCCGACAGGUCUUCUGAGGGUGAUGCACUGACGGAGCCAGAAGCCAAGAAGGGGCCUUUUUUAGAGGUGGGCGACUUGGAGUUGGACCAAAACAAUUUGCAGAAGCUGAACUCAGUGACAGUUCGGGAUGCCGGAGGACUUCCACAUGCCGAUCAACUGUCUGAGUCAUGCGCAGGCAGACCUAUCAUCACUCUCAUUGAUUUGUACUCAGGAUAUGAUCAAUUCCUUCUCUACACGGCAGACAGGCCGAUGACGGCCAUGCAUACGCCGAGGGGAUUAAUUCAUAUGUGUGUGGCGCCUCAGGGAUGGACGAACGCUGUAGCAAUUGUUCAGAGAUAUAUGAUGAGGGUCAUGCAGCCACUUUGUCCGGACGUGACCUCACCUUAUAUCGAUGACUUGGCCAUACCUGGGCCGCGCGUGAAGGAUAAGACGGAGGUGCUGCCAGGCGUUCGAAAGUUUGUUUGGGAGCACGUUCGUAACGAGGAGAAGGUCUUGUCCAAGUUAAAGGAGUACAACCUCUCCGCCAGUGGUGUCAAAUCUCGGCAUUGUAUGCGUGAGGCAACUAUCUUGGGCUUCUUGUGCAAUGAGAAGGGCCGUCGGCCAGAUUCCAAGAAGAAAAACAAGAUUCUGGAAUGACCGACUCUGCUUAAGCCCAUU